AUGGGAGAAAGAGAUUGGAGACCGUUUAUUUAUGGCGGCCUUGCGUCUAUUGUAGCAGAAUUUGGUACUUUCCCAAUAGAUACAACAAAAACCCGGCUUCAGAUCCAAGGUCAGAAGAUAGACCCUCGCCAUGUGGAGUUGCGGUACACAGGGAUGGUGGAUUGCUUUGUUAAGACAUCUAAACAGGAGGGUGUAAAGGCGCUGUAUUGUGGAAUAUGGCCGGCGGUUCUCAGGCAAGCGACUUAUGGCACAAUCAAGUUCGGGACAUACUAUUCACUAAAGAAAGCGCUAGCGGCGAGGCGAGCAGAUGGAGGAGCUAAGGAGCACUUAGCUACGAAUACAUUUUGCGCCGCGUUCGCUGGUGGCCUGUCCAGCGCCAUCGCUAAUCCCACCGAUGUGCUUAAAGUUAGGAUGCAAGUCGGUGAUGAAAAGCGAAACAUAGUGCGAUGUUUCAUCGACAUAUACCGCGUAGAAGGCGUGGCCGGUCUGUGGCGCGGGGUUACGCCCACCUCGCAGCGGGCUGCGUUGAUAGCGGCCGUCGAGCUGCCCGUCUACGAUGCGUGCAAGAGACGGCUGACGGUGCCCCUGGGGGACAAGCCCCUCAACCACUUCGUGUCCAGUCUUUUGGCCAGUCUCGGAAGCGCUGUGGCCAGCACUCCGCUAGAUGUCGUCAGGACUAGACUAAUGAACCAAAGAAAAGUGAACGAGGCAAACGUGAGGAUCUACAGAGGGACGAUUGAUUGUUUUGUACAGACUGUACGCAAUGAAGGGGCACGCGCACUGUACAAGGGCUUCGUGCCCACGUGGUUGCGCAUGGGCCCCUGGAAUAUUAUCUUCUUCCUCACAUACGAGCAGCUAAAGGCACUGUACUGA